UCUAAUCCAAACUCAAAAGUCGACUAAAAUGCGAGACUAAUUUAAUUUUUUACCAUUAUUUGGUAUUUUCUCUCAUAAACCGAAAAAUCGGUUGUGUUACUAUUUGAAUAUUAAAUUGAACUAUAAAAGUUAGUGUGUAUAGGACAGUAAAUAUUUACAACUAUGCAUUCGUGUCGUUUAAUAUUAAAUAGCCCUGCGCGCUGGAAAUGUGUCGUUCCAAACAAUUUCAAACCUUCUGUAGUUGCUUCAUGUCAAUCGGAUCAGUUUGCAAUUCAAGUAUGUCGCAGUUACUCAGCAAGAAAAGGUUUCUUUUCAUCCAUCAUCGAAAACAUCAAAGAAGAUAUUGCGAAAAACAAAGAGAUGAAAGAAAAUAUCAAAAAAUUCCGAGAAGAAGCACAGAGAUUAGAGAAUUCAGAAGCACUACAAGCAGCGAGGAAAAAGUUUCAGGCUGUGGAAUCUGAGGCAUCAAAAAGCUCAGAAGUUCUUAAAGACACAUUAGAAGGUAUCAAAGGAAAGGUUGAACAUGUUUUAGAAGAGGCCAGUAAAACGGAAUUUGCUAAAAAAGCUGGGAAAAUUACAGAAGAUAUAUCUAAGUCAGCUAAAGACGCGGCGGAGAGUAUAGCUGAUAAAGGCCAAAGGCUCGGACAGACAUCAGCUUUCAGGACCAUUUCACAGGCAACCGAGGUAGUGAGGAACGAGAUGUCGCCGCGUGGGCUGGAGGGCCGCGUCUACACCUCGCCUAUUGCACUAAGAAAGCGAGUUGAGGUGGCGGACGAGGAGCGCAGCUUCGCGCCGGACACGGAGACGCUGGGGUUGGAGCUGCACAAGGACUCCAAAUUUUACCAGCAGUGGGAGAACUUCAAGAACAAUAACCAGUAUGUCAACAAGGUUCUCGAUUGGAAAAUACGAUACGAAGAAUCAGAUAAUGCAGUUGUUAAAGCUUCAAGAUUCGUCACUGAGAAAGUCGGCAGCCUCUUUGGUAAUUUAUUCGAGAAAACUGAACUCUCAAAGACCUUAACCGAAAUCUGCAAAAUCGACCCAAACUUCACCGCACAGAAGUUUCUAGAAGAUUGUGCCAAUGACAUCAUACCUAAUAUCCUAGAGGCAAUGGUACGAGGAGACCUGGAUAUACUGAAGGAUUGGUGUUACGAAGGGGUUUUCAACAUCCUGGCCACACCAAUCAAACAGUGCAAGCAACUUGGCUACCGACUGGACUCAAAGAUAUUGGACAUUGAACAAAUAGAGCUGGUGAUGGGCAAGAUGAUGGACCAGGGCCCCGUCCUCGUGAUCACAUUCCAGUCGCAGCAGAUCAUGUGUGUCAGAGACGCUAAGAACAACGUCCUCGAAGGUGACCCCGACAAGGUGAUGAGGGUGAACUAUGUGUGGGUGCUGUGCCGGGACCCGCAGGAGCUGAACCCCAAGGCGGCCUGGAGACUGCUGGAGCUCUCAGCAAACAGCGUGGAGCAGUUAAUUUAAGUAGUUGUUGUUUAUAGUUGAAUUAAAAUCGUUGGAGCUCU